GAAUUGCACUCAUUAGAUGCAAUGUUAAGAAAUGAUACAUUUUUAUUAAAAAAAAGGUGCAGAUUCCUCGAUUGCUGGAGGUUGUAAUGAUAUCGUGAGAAGUGGCUGUGUCUGUGUGAAGUAGGUUGGACUCCUCUUUGUUGGUGGAUUUAAAGUUUAUCUGUUACACUACUCACUUUAUCCUGUGCAGUGAAGACAACACAGAGACACACACAGCACAGGAGAAUCGGCCCCUGUUUGGUUAAGGUAGUGGUUAGACUCCACACACUCUCAGUAGACGAUGUUUGUGCCUGGCUUGUGCAGCGAACUGCUCCUCUGCGUUGGCCUGGCUAGUGUCUUGGGUCAGGACUCGGGAGACAUGCCCUUCAAUGAGACACUGGACUCGGCAGGCAGUGUGUCCCUGCGCUGGGGCUUUGAUAGCAAGCAGGAGACCAUCACCUUCCAGCUGGCCUGCAAGACCAGCGGCUGGGUGGGAUUCGGCCUCAGCCCCAGCGGGAAAAUGGACGGAGCGGAUAUUGUCCUCGGGGGGGUGAAUCCCAACGGGACCACCUACUUCACGGACAGACACGCAGUUGGUGCCCAGCUCCCCCUGGUGGAUAGCAGCCAAGAUUACACCCUCCUCUCCAUGAAAGAAGACUCUACAGGAACCACAAUGAAAUUCUCCCGCAAAGUCCAGACCUGCGAUAAAGAUGAUAUGGAGAUUUCAACAAGUGCAAUAAAGCUGAUUUACGCAUAUGGAGCGGAUGACAACAUUGUCUACCAUAACAACGCCAGAGGAACGAAGAGCGUGAACCUGCUGAAGAGCACUCAGAGAUCCACGCCCUCCCAGGACACCGUGGGGCAGCUUGAGAUGACAGUCAAAUCAUUCGCAGUUCCAGAGAGAGAUACUUACUACCACUGCAGAAUUAUUAAAUCGCCCGAUCUCCCUGGGAAGCGGCAUGUUUAUCGGAUUGAGCCCAAGAUCCAGUCUGGGAAUGUGGACCUGGUUCAUCACAUACUGGUGUACGCCUGUCCUGCGACAGUGAGUGUGGAGCUUGAGGGGGAGUGCUACUCAGGUGAAAGCAUGUAUAUGUUCUCCAGCUGUCAGCAGGUGGUGAUAGGCUGGGCAGUAGGAGGACAAGACGUUUGGAUGCCUCCAAAUGCAGGGAUUUCGAUUGGGACAAGUGAUGAUCCCGUCUUCUACAGACUGGAAAUGCAUUACAGCAACAGCAAACUGAGCAAGGGUCUGGUAGACAGCUCAGGGCUGGUUUUUCACUACACCUCAGAGCUACGUGCUAACGAUGUGGGGAUGUUGGAGACAGGUCUGAUCGUUGAUCCCUCGUAUGUGAUCCCCCCAAAUGCCAAGGUUUUCAAAACCUACGGGCUGUGCAAUACGUCCACCUUCUCUCAGUUAUUCUCUGGAGACCCUCCUGUAUUGAACGUGUUUGCUUCUUUACUGCACACUCACCUGGCUGGGAGAGGGUUGCGAGUCGGACACUACAGAAAUGGAGAGCAGAUCGGCUUCUUGGGGAAAAAUGAAAAUUAUGACUUCAACCUGCAAGAGACUGAGUUCCUGGGGAGCCUGGCCCAGGUGAAAGCGGGUGAUGAAAUAUUGGUGGAAUGUACUUACAAUACAGAAAGUCGCCAGACAGUCACACAGGGUGGUCUGGGCACUACGAAUGAGAUGUGUCUGGCGUUCCUGUUGUAUUAUCCUCGGACAGAGCUGGCAAGUUGCUGGAGUCUUCCCGAGCCCAGAGCUAUGAGCACUUCACUGGGAGUGAAAGGCACAAGUGAGCUGGUUGUGCUGAUGAACUCCUUUGUCUGGAAUGAUACUGCUGUCGAUAACUUCGAGAGUACGGUGCGCGGUCUGCCUCAGCUCACAGCAGUGUCCAUGUCCAAUGGUACAUAUAUAGUUGACCUCGGUUUCAUCCAGGAGUUCAAAUCCAGCCCGGUGACUGCCUGCCCUAUCCGUCCCCUCAGCGGUGGGGGAAGGAGCUGUGCAUCGGUCACUGCAGGGCUGGGGCUCUGCAUUGCUCUGCUCACUAGUCUCACCAGGGCCAUUUGAACUGGGAGGCGACACUGUGGGGGAUCGAGAGACACCUCUCCCCUGCCCAGCGCUGCCUUUCUCAAGGGCAUGCUGACAUGAGUGCCUCUUGAGACUAUUAAUCAUUUCCACCCUUAGCUUCCCACAGUCAAAGCACAGCAGUGUAAGAAAGCACAGUGAAAGCAUGGUGAAGUAUAAAUAGCAUUGUAAAGAAUAGUGAGAUAUGGUAAAGCAUAUGAAUAAACAUGGCAAACCAGAGUAACCAAUGGUUAAUGUAUAAUCACAGGAAAUGAGGGAAGACUGCAAAAACACUGCAAAAUACUGUGGCAAAACUAUUAUACAGGCAUGGUAGUGAGGCUCAAACUGCAUCACUUAAGCUGAUGGGUCAAAAGUUAAGAUAUUACUAUUAUCAUAAUUAGUAUGUUUAUUAUUAUUUUAGUGACACAAGGCUUCAGUGAUACAUCUUUUUUCAAAUCUAAUAUUAAUAAAAAAUAUUUAAGUCUCUAAUUUUUUGGGGUUCUCUGUCACUCACUAAGCUCCAUGUUUUACAUCUCAGCUCAAUAAAAUUUUUGGA